GCCGUUGCCGCAGCUGCCACCCACCUGCGCGCAGGCGCAGUAGCUACAGCUGGCUCGCCCCGGUGAAGCACGCGCGAACGUGACACUCUCCAGUCUCCACCCGCACCAUUUUUUUGAAGGAAAAAAAAAGAGAUCCGACAAUAUCACCUCCUUUGGCGAGGCCUUGGUCUCGUCCCCACUUCACCUAAAGCAAAGCGCCGUCGGCUUCGGCUCCUACCUUCGCCUCCCUCGCGCGGCGGCUGUUCGACCCCGCGACCGGAGAAACCCUAGCCGGCUAGCGACGCCGCCGUGUUGUUGGCUCGGGUGGGGAGUGGCGCGAUGCCCGCGUGGUGGCCCCGCAAGUCGAGGUCCAAGUCGAAGGCCAAGCCCGGCGCCGCGGCCGUCUCCGCGAGUUCCUCCCCGCGCAAGUCGGCCGACUUCGAGUCCCCCUACCCGUCCCCUUCGCCGACUCCACGGGCGAGGGAGAAGGCUCGCAGCCUCGACUCCCCUGGCGCCGCGGAGCGCCGCUGCGGCGGCGGCGGCCGCUGUGGCGCGGUGGGGCAUGGUGUGGUCGGGUACAAGCUCCCGAUUCCUGUAACUGAGCCGGAGCAGGAGCCGCUGCCUGCGGGGUCUCUCUAUGAGGAGGGCGCGGACGUGGCGGCGGCGGCCACCGGCGAGGGCUGCUCGUCGGAAUCGAGCGUGUGCUCGCUCGGGUCGUUUGAUGAGGCGCAGGAUCAGCAUAUGUAUAGGUCUAUGGAUCCAGUUGCUUUUGCCAGGGGAAGAAUUACGCCAUCUGACUCAGAUAAAAUCUUAAAUGAGGGCAAGCAUUUCAUGUCUUAUAGCAUGCCACGGGAACAUCAGAAGUUCUUUGAGGUUCCUGUCUCUAAUGUCAGGGAACUUCAUUUGCAUGGUGAUGAGCCUUCAACUAGUGAAGCCAGUUCACGUGGCAGAAUGUUAUCUGAAGAUAUCUUUGGUCCAAGAACGAGAAGUGACCCUGGCCCAAAAGGCCAUGCGUUUGCUGUGAAUAAUGGAAAUUCAAGAGAAUUUGGAUUUAGCCCAAGGUCACCAGUAAGAAAGAUGGAUGGUUUGAGGAGCCCACCUCAUCCCUUACCACUUCCUCCAGCUCCUGCUGCUGCUUGCUCACCUCUUCCUCCAUCUCCCGGUUCUUGCUCGCCUCUUCCUCCAUCUCCCACUACUUGCUCGCCUCUUCCUCCUUCUACCACUACUUUCUUACAGUCCCAAUCACAGUGGAAAAAAGGGAAAUUGCUAGGGAGUGGUACAUUUGGUCAGGUUUACCUUGGAUUUAACAGUGAAAAUGGGCAGUUUUGUGCAAUUAAGGAGGUUCAGGUUAUUAUGGAUGAUCCACACUCAAAGGAACGACUCAAACAAUUAAAUCAGGAAAUAGAUAUGCUUAGGCAACUCUCACACCCAAACAUUGUGCAGUAUUAUGGAAGUGAGAUGACUGAUGACACGCUUUCCAUUUAUCUUGAGUAUGUUUCCGGGGGUUCAAUCCACAAGUUACUAAGAGAGUAUGGCCCUUUUAAGGAACCUGUGAUUCGCAAUUACACUGGACAAAUUCUUGCUGGUCUUGCCUACUUGCAUGGGAGGAACACAGUCCACAGAGAUAUCAAAGGAGCAAACAUACUUGUGGGCCCUAAUGGUGAAGUCAAACUUGCUGACUUUGGCAUGGCUAAGCAUAUAUCAUCUUUUGCUGAAAUUCGCUCUUUCAAAGGAAGUCCUUACUGGAUGGCUCCUGAGGUUAUAAUGAACAGUAACGGUUACAGUUUAGCAGUUGACAUUUGGAGUUUGGGAUGUACCAUUAUUGAAAUGGCAACGGCAAGACCUCCUUGGCAUCAAUAUGAGGGGGUAGCAGCAAUAUUUAAGAUUGCAAACAGUAAAGAUAUACCUGAAAUCCCAGACAGUUUUUCCGAGGAUGGAAAAAAAUUCUUGCAGCUUUGCUUGAAACGUGAUCCAGCAUCUCGCUCCUCUGCAGCCCAGUUGAUGGAUCACCCUUUUGUUCAGGACCAUCCAGCAGUGAGAGCUGCAAAGUCCAGUGCAUUGAGAAAUGCAUUGUCUUAUCCAGCAGAUGGCAGGCAUACAAUGUCCAACAGGGAGUUCCCAUCAAGGAAGAUUAUUACUCCUCUGAGGGAUAUAGGAUUGAGCGCAAGAAAUUUUACCGGAUUUGCGACCGCAGUUCCUUCACCGCACACCUCUAGCAGUCCUAUUCCUUUGAGAACAAACAUGUCUCUACCGGUUUCCCCAUGCUCUAGCCCGCUGCGGCAGUUUAAGCAAUCCAACUGGAGCUGCUUGCCUUCUCCACCUCAUGCGACAUUUUCCUCCGGUGCUGGCUACAACACAUUAAGUUAUGCGCAAAAUCAGACAAGACGAAGUCCUACUCCUGCAAUCUCAGAUCCUUGGCUGGAUGUUGGCCAGAUGAAACUCCAAAGCCCCUAUGGUUCCCCAAAAAGGUUCUGAGCGUCAUUUGUAAGAGCUCAGUAAGAAAUGUUCUCAUGAUUCGGCAGAUAACCAGAGAUGUUCCGUCAUAAACCUUUUGUGUGUUACCACGAGACCACCUAUCCGAUGUACCUGUACAGUGAAAAAGGGUUCUCGACGGAGUGAGUUGUAACAUGAAGUUCUGUAUAUCUGUAGGUUGUUGUCACUUCCGCUAUAUAACUAUUUACCAUGAUGUAUAUCCUUACAAAAUCUUAUAGAAUACACAGGCUGUAAAUUCAUAAGUUUGCAUAAGCUGACAUUUCGAUGAGCUAGCAGCAUUUAGGACUUUCAUGACAGAUGUAAGGAUGUUAUUCCGACUGACAUGAAGGAUAUAUGCCAUAGUUUGUAUUCCAUUUCUUUA